GCUCCCGACACAGCCCAGGCAAGCAAGCAGGGAGGCCAUCGCAGUGGUCCCACGGCCGAGGGGGACCGUGGGGCCUGGGCCUCUGGUCCCGCCAUCCCCUGGCCCCGGGGCCAGCCACCUUGAUCCCUUGGUCCUUACGGCUCCUUCCCUGGGCAGUCCUGUGCAGCCAGAGGAGGCCACCAGUUGCUGGUUGAGAAGACGACCGACUCACCAGCGGCGGAGUUCUCGCUGGUGGAGGACGUGGCGCUGCACUUCGCCUGCUUGAUGGGCCGCCUGAACGAGCAGCGGCUCUUCCAGCCCGACCUCUGCGACGUGGACCUGGUGCUGGUGCCCCAGCGCAGCGUCUUCCCGGCGCACAAGGGCGUGCUGGCCGCCUACAGCCAGUUCUUCCACUCGCUCUUCACCCAGAACAAGCAGCUGCAGCGCGUGGAGCUGUCCCUGGAGGCGCUGGCGCCGGGAGGCCUGCAACAGAUCCUCAACUUUAUCUACACGUCCAAGCUGCUGGUCAACGCGGCCAACGUCCACGAGGUGCUCAGCGCCGCCUCCUUGCUGCAGAUGGCCGACAUCGCCGCGUCCUGCCAGGAACUGCUGGAUGCCCGCUCCCUAGGCCCGCCGGGCCCCGGCACCGUGGCCCUGGCCCAGCCGGCCACCAGCUGCGCCCCCGCUGCGCCAUCCUACUACUGCGACAUCAAGCAGGAGACCGACGCCCCCGGCCUGCCCAAGAUCUACGCCCGCGAGGGCCCCGACCCCUACUCGGUGCGCGUUGAGGACGGAGCAGGGACCACUGAGGGCACAGUGCCUGCCACCCUUGGGUCAGCCCAGCCCUUCUUCAAGGAGGAGAAGGAAGGUGGCGUCGAGGAGGCUGGCGGGCCCCCUACCGGCUUGUGCAAGCUGGAGGGUGGGGAGGAGUUGGAAGAAGAGCUCGGGGGUCCUGGCGCCUACAGCCGCCAGGAGCAGUCCCAGAUCAUCGUGGAGGUGAACCUGAACAACCAGACACUGCACGUGUCCACGGGCCCCGAGGGGAAGCCGGGCACUGGGACCAGCCCAGCCGCCAUGGCUCUGGGCCGGGAGGACGGGCUGCAGAGACACUCGGAGGAGGAGGAGGAAGAGGAGGAAGAAGAGGAGGAGGAGGAAGAAGAGGAGGAGGAGGGUGGUGGCAGUGGUGGGGGCGAGGAGGAGGAGGAGGAAGAGGAAGAGGAGGAGGAAGAGGGUGGCAGUCCUGGAGAGGAGGAAGAUGAGGAGGAAGGGCACAGUGAGCAGGAAGAGGAAGAGGAGGAGGAGGAAGGGCACAGCGAGCAGGAUCCAGAGAGCUCUGAGGAGGAGGAGGAGGAGGAGGAGGGGGAGGCUGGGGCCAGGCAGGGCCCUGCAGGCCCCGGGGGCCGUCGGAGCAGCCAAGCAGAGCCCCCUUCCCACAGCCGCAUGGCCACGAGGUCCCGGGAGAGUGCCCGGCGCAGGGGCAGCCCCGAGCCCGGGGAGUCCGGGCGGCGGGGUGGGAAGCGGCCCAAGCCGCCCCCGGGGGUCGUGUCCGCGGCGGCCCCCGACGGGCUGGGGGCCAAGGUGAAGCUGGAGGAGAAGCAGCACCACCCCUGCCAGAAGUGCCCACGGGUUUUCAACAACCGCUGGUACCUGGAGAAGCACAUGAAUGUGACCCACAGCCGCAUGCAGAUCUGUGACCAGUGUGGCAAGCGCUUCCUGCUGGAGAGCGAGCUGCUGCUGCACCGGCAGACCGACUGCGAGCGCAACAUCCAGUGUGUGACAUGUGGCAAAGCUUUCAAGAAGCUCUGGUCCCUCCAUGAACACAACAAGAUUGUGCACGGCUACGCGGAGAAGAAGUUCUCGUGCGAGAUCUGCGAGAAGAAGUUCUACACCAUGGCCCACGUGCGCAAGCACAUGGUCGCCCACACCAAGGACAUGCCCUUCACGUGCGAGACCUGCGGGAAGUCGUUCAAGCGCAGCAUGUCGCUCAAGGUGCACUCGCUCCAGCACUCCGGGGAGAAGCCCUUCCGCUGUGAGAACUGCAACGAGCGCUUCCAGUACAAGUACCAGCUGCGCUCACACAUGAGCAUCCACAUCGGCCACAAGCAGUUCAUGUGCCAGUGGUGCGGCAAGGACUUCAACAUGAAACAGUACUUUGAUGAGCACAUGAAGACCCACACAGGGGAGAAGCCCUACAUCUGCGAGAUCUGCGGCAAGAGCUUCACCAGCCGGCCCAACAUGAAGCGCCACCGGCGCACGCACACCGGCGAGAAGCCGUACCCCUGCGAUGUCUGCGGCCAGCGCUUCCGCUUCUCCAACAUGCUCAAGGCGCACAAGGAGAAGUGCUUCCGCGUCAGCCACCCGCUGGCCGGCGAUACACCGCCUGCUGGCCCCGGCCUGCCACCGGCCCAGGCCCAGGCCCAGGCCCCGGCCCACGCCCUGCCCUUGCUCUCGGGCCUGCCCCAGACCCUGCCGCCCCCACCGCACCUGCCGCCCCCGCCGCCGCUCUUCCCCAACACGGCCAACACUGGCGGCAGGCUGAACGCCAGCAACUAAAGGCCUGACUGCACCUGCUGCGCCCGGGAGCCCAGGGGGUCCGCUCCAGGAGGGACUCACCGCCCUCCCCUCUUUCUUGGGGAGGGCCGCAGCAUAGGCCAGGGCCGCUGCCCCAGCCCCAGAAGCGGCUGGACAGGCUCUGGCUCCGGAGGACACCUGCCAAGUGCCCUCCGUUCUGCCACUCCUUGAAGCCUUUACUUUUUUUUUUUUUUUUUUUUGAAGCAUAGGAAAAAGAAAAGAAAGGAAACUUCGCGGCGCCCCCCCUCCAGGUGAGGGGGUGCUGGAGGCAGCAGGCCUGGCCGGCCACUCUGCGGAGGCCUGAGCAAGGCUGCGCCUCAGUCGGUCUCAGUGGCUCAUCCCCACCUCCCCUGUGCCCCUAACUUGCUCCUGCACCACGGGCAGGUUGGGGGGUGCCCGUGGAGGAGUCAUGGACCCAGGCUGAGGGCCGCAGACACCCAGACAGACCUUGGGGCUGGAUGCCCAGGAUCCUGUUGGGUAGGAGUGGGGAGGUUGAUAACUGCUCACCCAGAUCUGCUGCCUGGAGUGGGGUGGGCGGGGGCUGGCCCCCAGGGGUUCGUUCUCCCCACCACCCCUCCACCCCUAGGCAAGACGUCCCCAGAAGUUUCUGGGGCAGGCCUUGGCUGGGCAGUCUGGUUGGACCCCAGGCACAGGGACUCAGGGGGGAGACUCGGGCGCGUGUUUUAGGGUUUCAAGGUGCUACCAGUGGGGCCAGGACAGGGUUGCUGUCCACAGAGCACCCUUCUCCCUCACCAGCCACCCUGGCCGUGUUCCCCAUGCCAGAAGGAGAUGUGUGCGUUUAUGUCCGUCUCUGAUCUCUAGAGGCCAGCACCAGGCCUCAUCCUCCCCCGCUAGACCUGGCCACAGCCUGCCCCCAGCCGGCCCCAGUGUCCUCGCCCCUCGCGGGCCUCUGCAGUGGUGGACAGUGAGAGAAGCCUGCAUGUUCAGGCUGCGGGGGGUUGUGGGGGAGGCCCAGACUCUGCCCCAUACUUGCCCCUAUGAGGCUGGCACUAAUAGGAUUCCCCCUACCCUUUUUUUGUUGUUGUCAUUUAACGUCUUUAUUCCUGCCUUUGAAACGGGAGGAAGGUUCCAUAAGCUACAUGUCUCCUAGUUAAGCUCUUUCCUGUUGUGUUGAUACGGUUCUGUUUGUUAUACUCUCUGCACCUUACCACCCCAGCUGCGCCCCGCCCCCCUGCCCCCCACGCUACACCUUCCCAGCAUGGCCGGAGUGGGAAGAGGCCUGGGCUCAAGGGGGCUGGUGGGCGAGGGGGACCGAACCCCUCUGACCUCCUUGGGAGGCCCUGGGGGCUGGGGACAUUUUAAUCAUCAAUAAACAAAGCACUUUAUUCUGUACAGAUGUGGGCAGGCCCAAAGUGCCCGAGUGAUGUGAGGAUUUUAUAACCUGAGCCACACCACCCUGGUUGUCCUGUGGGCUGGGAGGGGGUUGAUGCCAGCUGCCUCCCUGGCCUGGCUGAGGAUGGGGGCUGAGAGUGGAACCCUAAAACCCAGAGCCUGCAGUCCUACCCUCAGGCACCCCUGCUGUUCCUGGGGAGCGAAGGGAGCUUUCUGUCUGACUCCAGGCUCUGCAGCUCCCUCACCGCCAGACUUGGGGGGUGGGUACCAGGCUCCUGGUUACUCUGGCUCUUGUCCUGCCCUGUAACCCCUGAUCUCUGGGCUUCCAUGACAUCCUCAGGGUCUCUCCUCCCCCUUGCUGUUUCUAAUCCCUGGUCCCAGUGCUGGGCAUCUCAUCAGAGCUGGUUCACAUCUCCCCCCCUACCACCACCAAAUUGAUCUCCCCCAGUGAGCUACAGGCAGGAUUCCCAUGGGUCCUCCAACUCCUGUCCCUGGCAUCACUCAUAGGGGCUGGUGGCCUUGUCACCUGGUGGUCCCACUGCAGCCUCAGUGGGCCACAGGCACCCUGGUCAGGCCAUCCAUCACCAGGCAGAAGUCAAAGACGUGUGAGGUCCUGGUUUCCCAUUUUGUACAUGGCCCUCCUGGGGGGAGGGGGGGCAGGCAGACGGCCCAGACAUUAGGCUAGGCACUGACCAAGACAGUCACUGGAGCUGUGCCUGGCCUGCCCCUCCCCUGGGAGGCCUCUGCAUCCCUGGUGCUAAACACUCUCUUCAUCUUGGGCCAGCCUGCGAGGGAACUCCUUUCCAGGCCGACCACAAGGCCAGCAGCAAUAACAGAACCUCGGCAGAGCCGCUGUGGACGGGGGUUCUUGUCCUACCAGCUUUUACGUUUCCUUAUUUGUCAGACAAAUUCCUGAGCACUCAGAUGUUAGAUCGAGGGGACUGGGGCAACACAGCCACUACCCAUGGAGAUCUGCCGGGCCACUCUCUGGGGCUGGACUUCCCAGCCCAUUUAGCCAGACCCGAGGUUUGUUGUCUGGGCCCCAGCUGCCCUGGGCACUCCUUGUCUUGGGCCAGCUUAGGGGGAGUGGCUAGAAUGAUGAGUGAGCCCCAAGCCCAGUGACCCCAGGACUGGGGUCUGGGCCUGAGCCCCUGUCCCUGGCUCCACAGGCCUUUCACAGGGUGGGACUUGGGGGUGGCAGAAGGACCACCCCCAGGCACGUGGGUCCUUGAUGUCUGAUCACGUAUUUGCGGCACCCCCCCGCCCAGCCCCAGAGUACACGGGACAGCAGGCAUCCGAGUGAGAAGCAU